GCCUCACUUCUUCCUUUUCUUCCUUUCCUCUUCGUACCUCAACUACAUACCUCUACUCGCUAUCUGUCCCGUUAUUUAUAGAGCCAUUAACUUGGUUUUUAUCUAUCUGGCUGCCACUCUUUAAGGCUGACCAGCGCCCUCUUUUUCGUCGUCAUACAACUCGCACGGCCGAGAUUGUGUGAACCCGCCGACCGUCGCUCGCGCGCAUUUCUUUUCUCACCUCGAUCGGUUUCAAGUGGCUUGAGCUCUCGACAAGAGACAAACCGCCACCAUGCCUCCCAAGAAGCAACCCGACCAGCCUAAGAAGAAGAAGGCCAACGCGGAGGACAAGACCUUUGGUAUGAAGAACAAAAAAGGUGCCCAGGCCAAGAGACAGAUUGAACAGAUGAAGGCCCAGGAUAAGGCAAACGUGAGACCCGAUGAUAAGCGAAAGGCAGCUGAAAAGGCUCGCAUUGAAGCCGAGAAGAAGGCUGCAGCCGACGCCAGGAAGGAGUCUGCAGAGCUGUUCAAGCCUGUCCAGGUGCAAAAGGUUCCUUUUGGUGUCGACCCCAAGACCGUUGUUUGUGUUUUCUACAAGCAGGGCAACUGUGAGAAGGGCCGUAAGUGCAAGUUCAGCCAUGACUUGAACGCCGAACGUAAGGCUGCCAAGAAGGAUCUGUACACCGAUUCUCGGGAUGUGAAGCAGGAUGAAGAGGAGGCGAAGAAAAAGGAUGCUAUGGACGAUUGGGACGAAGAGAAGCUGCGCAAGGUCAUUACCAGCAAGCACGGAAACCCACGAAGCACGACCGAGAAGGUCUGCAAAUAUUUCAUCGAUGCCGUUGAGAACCAGAAGUACGGAUGGUUCUGGACUUGUCCCAAUGGUGGUGACAAGUGCAUGUACAGACAUAGCUUGCCGCCUGGGUUCAUUCUGAAGACCAAGGAGCAGAGAAAGGAGGAGAAGGCCCUGAUGGACAAGUCGCCACUCAACACAUUGACCCUGGAAGACUGGCUCGAGUCGGAACGACACAAGCUCACAGGUGACCUCACACCAGUUAAUCCAGAGACAUUUGCUGCAUGGAAGAAGAACCGUCUCGACAAGAAGGCCGCCGAGCACCAGGCCAAGCAGGCCAAGGAGGCCACCGGUCGUACUCUGUUCGAGAGCGGGAACUGGAAGACAGAGGAAGAGAGUGAGGAUGAGGAUGAUGAAGAUGCAUUCAACUUUGAGUCUCUCCGGGAGGAGACCGAACGAAUCCGCGCCGAGAAGGAAGAGGAGCGACUUGGGAAAGUCCACGGGUUUACUGUGCCAGACGAGAGCGCGGGUUGAGCCCCGUGCGACUCUCGCGAGAUCCUAUUACUGGGGGCUUUCCAGAUCACCCGCACUGGACCGGUGUACCAGAAGCGUAUUCCGGACUGUGGGGUGGACCUUUGACGUGCCGGAUGACUGCCGUUGUAUUGGGGUCGCAAGAGAGCCCUGCCCGGUUAACGUUUUGCCGUUUUUCAUUCUCUUCUUCAUGCUCGGCUGAUGAACCUUGUGGUUGAUGGGAAUGGUCCGGGAACCAUGAACAUGAAAUGAUACACAAGGUUGAGACACAUCCUGUGAUUUUGUUUUUCUUUAAGCGAUGUCCUGUUAUAUCCAGCUUGUUCCUAAAAGUGUUUGGUAAACUAAAUGAACUUUAUGAUCAAGAUGCAACAGUCUAUUAGCUCUUAUAUUUAAACAGCCAGUAUGCAGUGGUAUAUACAAAGCUUUACAACAAUGCUUUAGUCCGCAAAA